AUGUGCUUGCGCAUUUGCAUAAGGAAUUGGGUGCGCACGCUUCGGUAUCGUCUCGCGGCGUAUUUCUCACGCUACCCGCGGCCAUUGCACGCUCUUGCCAUCACCGCCUCUUCUUGUCUAAUGGCUGUGUCAGCACGUUGCCCCUGUUCAGACCUUUUUUAUUUUCUUCCUACUCGUCAUAGAUAUAGUCACUCAAAACACGAUAGAUCAUCAUUUAAAUACAAACCCGUUUUCAGAAAACCGUUCUGUAAUAUCGCCAGGAAUUUACUAUGUUGGCACAGUAAUGAUGCGUACCGAAAUAAACAAGCGAUGUUAAGUUCAUAA